UAUGGGAAUUUCUACGCUUCAAAGUCAUUUUUUGACCCUGUUAAGGACAGGAGGAUUCUAUGGGGUUGGGCCAAUGAGUCGGAUACCCCUCAAGAUGAUGUCAGUAAAGGAUGGGCUGGCAUUCAGACAAUUCCAAGGAAGGUGUGGCUUGAUCCUAGUAGGAAGCAAUUGCUGCAAUGGCCUGUUGAAGAAAUAGAGACUCUUAGGUCCCAGAAUGUUCGAUUAAGAGAGCAAAAGCUCAAAUUGGGAGAUCGUAUUGAAGUCGAAGAAAUAACUGCUGCCCAGGCUGAUGUUGAUGUUACCUUCUCCAUACCUAACUUGGACAAAGCUGAGCCAUUUGAUCCUAGCUGGACCAAUGCGCAGGAGCUCUGUAGUCUAAAGGGCUCAAGUGUUCAAGGUGGCGUUGGACCAUUUGGGCUACUAACAUUAGCUUCACAAAAGCUAGAAGAGUAUACCCCAGUUUUUUUCAGGGUAUUUAAAGCCCAAUACAAGCAUGUUGUUCUCUUGUGCUCUGAGGCUAGGAGUUCUUCCUUGAGGAACAUUGGGCUAUACAAACCCUCAUUUGCUGGAUUUGUGGAUGUGGAUUUAUCUGAGAAGAAGCAGCUUUCUCUUAGGAGUUUGAUUGAUCACUCUGUUGUGGAGAGUUUUGGGGCUGGUGGAAAAACUUGCAUCACAUCAAGAGUUUAUCCAACGCUAGCAGUCUUUGGCGAUGCUCACUUGUUUGCAUUCAACAAUGGGACUGAGACAAUCAUUGUAGAUCUUAAUGCUUGGAGCAUAAGAAAGCCUAAUAAGAUGAACAACUGAAGGGACAAGGAAUGCUAGGAGGUGGGAGUUAAAGAUAAAAAUCACGAAGUUUUUUAUGAGAUAUCUGUCCUUUCUAACAAUCAUCAAAGAAUGUAUGAGUUUUCUACACUUAGUUAAAGAUUGCAUGAGUUUUCUACAA